GGGAGCCUAAGGAAGCAAACAUCCAGCCUUCCCAUCCUGUGGCCCCAGGUCCCCCGACCUGGUGCUUCUCUUGUGGUUGAGGACCCAUUCUGUGGAGAUCUGAAGGGCACCCCAGCCCUUAGAUCUCCACCUUGAGACUCUGCUCUCAAGACCCUCAUUUGUCUUCUUUCCCUUCUAGGCCUUGAUCACUUCUGGACUCAGCACCCUCCCUUCCAGCCCUACGUAGUUAUACUGUCUCAAGAUGAAGAGAAAAGCAUUUUUCCUUCCCUGCUGGUUGUUUCACCUUCUUCUACUUUUAGUCAAUGCUGUAGCCACCAAUGGUAACACAACAACAACCACAAAAAGCACCACAGCCACCUCCUCUACACCAACCACAACCAUCUCCUCUGGGUCACCCACAGCCACCUCCUCUGGGUCAUCCACAGCCACCUCCUCUGCAUCAACCACAACCACCUCCUCUGGGUCACCCACAGCCACCUCCUCUGGAUCAACUAUACCUGGGAUGGAUACAUCAUCAUCAUCAUCAUCCAGCUCCAGUGGGACUAACACAAUGACAACAACCUCCAAUGUUACCAGUGUGAGCACUGCCUCUCCAGGGACCACGGGAAGCGUGGUCAGACACUUGAGACCCUGGGCAGUUGCCCUAAUUGCACUGGCUUCUGUUGUAUUGGCUGUGAUUCUCUUCGUUGGGCUCACCGUCUCUCUUAAAAGCUCACCAUGCAUAAGAAAUCUCUUCAGCACAGACCUCUACCACCCCUAUGGCCCCAACCUUGGUUCACGCCCUCAAGGCUGUCACGGGGCCCAAAACAUGCCAAGUGCGACUGGAGCUGGUUGCAGAAACCAGUAUCCCCCUGAAACCAUGGAGCUUACUGAGAGACACAGUGUCCCUGAAUGUCCCUAA